UUCCAGGUUCCUUUCGCGCCUCGAUUGCGUGGAGACGCUGCGGGGACCUCUCUCCCGUGCGAGAGAGAUCGAUGGAGACGGCUGGGGAGUGCAAGUAUUCGUGCCAGACUGCUAGCGAUACUCUCGCAUGGAUCCAUGCCAUCAUCGACUUCAUCACCCCCUACACCUUAUUAAUUAAAGCUCACGUCGUCAAUUUCUUCAAGGAUAGACUGUGGGAAAAUGUUGACAAGGAAUGGAUUGAUUGCCUGCGCAGAGAAUCUGUUGAAAAUCUCCUCCUGAUACCUUCCGGAGUAAUCCAGGAGCACUGGCCAACUUCGUUGAAGGUUUUCAUCCUAAAAUUGCAGUCUAUGGUGCUUCAUCGAGAACGAGCAGACAUACAAAGAAUAUUACCUAGCAUGCAGAUGACUUCACUUAACAGCGUUCUUGCUCAGGGAAUGAAUUUGAAGAAAAAACAUGAAGUAGAAAUUCUUUCUGCUGUUGUUAGUUCAAUUGCAAACAGUGUGAGAGCUCAUACCAUCAUUGAUGUUGGUGCUGGUCAGGGUUAUCUUGCACAAGUACUUUCCUUUCAGUACCAUCAUUCUGUUGUUGCAAUUGAUGCAUGCUCACAUCAUGGAAGUGUUACCAAUGAGCGAGCAGAACGAAUUAAAAAGUACUAUGCAGCUCAGAUGAGAAAAUCUGCAUCAGGUGUACGGGAUUUGGAAGGACCAAAGACGAUUACAAGUCGUGUAUUGUCCACUGACAUUUUGAAAAACUUGACUGAAAUGUCUUUGCGUGGAGAUGAUGAUGACCAGUUGUCUAGGGAUAAAAAUCAUGCAGAUAAUGGGAAGCUCUAUUGUCCCAAAUAUGCAAAUGGAAGAGCUUCAUUGGUUCUUGCUGGGCUUCAUGCCUGUGGUGACCUUUCAGUCACAAUGCUGAAGACUUUUUUAGAGUGCAAAGAGGUGAAAGCUGUGGUGAGUAUUGGUUGCUGUUACAACUUACUAUCUGAAGAAAGGUUUUCGGAUGCUGGAUCUCAGUGUGGGUAUCCAAUGAGUCAUGCUCUGAGAUCCACUGGCUCCUGGCUUGGGAAGAGAGCACGCGAUCUUGCUUGCCAGAGUGCAGAGAGAUGGAGGAGCCUGGAAAUGGAUGCUGGCAUUCAUAACUUCGAGUUGCAUACUUUUCGUGCUGCUUUUCAAGUGGUUCUUUCUAAAUAUUAUCCUGAACUUAUGAUGAAUACUCCAUCAAUUGGACGUAAAGGGAAAGCUCUGCGCCGUAGACAUCAGAGAAGAGCUGUUGAGCCUGAAAGGCAUCUUAAUGAAAUUACUUCAUCACUGGCUACAGAACCAGCAGGAUCAGAAACUGAUGGGAUUUUGGGCCCUGCAUUGGAAAUACAGGCCUUGCCAUGUCAAGCUAGUUUUAAUGAAAGAGCUCGAUGUGAACAGACCAAAUUUGAUGACGGAUAUUCACUUUUCAAGAACUUCUGUGAAUCUGGAUUAGAACAUCUUGGGAUUAGACCUUCACAUAAUAUAGACUUUCAAGAGAUAUGGAAGGAAGCAGAGCCAUUUGCUGAUCUCGUAGGACCUUAUUGGACUCUCAGAGCUGCUUUGGGGCCUCUUUUGGAAACCCUAAUUCUUCUCGAUAGACUAUUGUUUCUCCAAGAGCAAGGCAGUGUUUUGGAAACCUACUUAGUACCCAUUUUUGAUCCAAGCUUGUCACCUCGGAAUAUGGCCAUAAUUGCAAAAAAGAUUGGCAUGGAUUUGGAAUCCUAGUGUUACUAAAAGCAGGAUCUGCAUGAGUUUUUUCACAAAAUUUGGAUGGCGAUUCAUCUGCCUUGAAGCAUAACUGACGCAACAUCAGGAGGUUUUGAGAUUAGCAUUUACUUUCAGAGUAGAAGUUCUCCUCUCCAUAUGACUCUCUUUUUGUUGAUUUCACUUAUUGACAUGUAGGCUUAUCAAUUCCAUUGGACCAAAGAAUAUUCUGGUAUUGCCCGCAAAAAGAAAGGGAUUCCAAGCAUAGUUAAAUUGUAAUGCAUAUCACAGCCCGAAAAGCAAAUUUCUAAAUUGGGAAACAUAAACUGUGUCAAACAAAAAAGAGCUUGAAAUAUAACGCGACAUGUAUAUCUAAGUGUAUUAAAUCUAACCCAAGGAUCAAGAGAGAGAAUUAUAUGUCAUGGAUAAGCUCAUUGAAAAGGCACUGUUCGGCACGUAAACCUUACCACACUCGAAAUUGCACCUGGUCAGAACCCUUUGCAUGCAGCCCACUCUGAAACUGUCAAUCACUGGUUCUGUUACCAAACAACAAACACAUGUACUCUAUUGAGUAGGAAAUACUACUCGGUUAUGGACUUGAAGUACCCCUACUUCCUUGGUUUUCAUAAUUUUAAAGAAAAAAUUAAUGAAAGGUAGUUUUGACAUGCCUGUUGCAACUUGAAAUGAUUGUUUGGUUUAACUCUUUUAUCCACUAUACUGUGUAGUUUCAAUCGAAGUUACUCUAUCAAGAUGGUAAAAGAUAAACAAAGCGUGGUUAAACGAUGCUACAUCUCAUGAACUUCAAUUUUAUUUCUCAAUUUCAGAUCGGAAAUUGUCUCCUCAGGAUUUUUGAAUAUUCCCUUGAAAAUUUAAGAGAGCCAAAAAGCCGGAGAGAAUUAGUGGAAAUGGAAUAAAUCCAUGACCAUUUGGACAGAAAUAGGUAGCGCAAGGAUUUUUCCCUGAAUAAAUGAAGUGUUGAUCAGAACAAAUUAAUAUCUUGUUUGAGCUGCGGCUAUCUGUGUCCUCUUCCUAAUUUGUUUCGGUCUUCUUGCCAUUAUCACUUGUAACUGGUUUUUUUUUUUUUCUGGAUUCUACCUGACACUGGAUGAAGUUAAUAUUUGAAUACUCUAAACCUAGGUGUUCUUUCAGAAAACAUAUUGCAAUAAUGGAAGAACCUCUGGUCCGUUGUUCAUUAGUAGGAAUAGUUUUUCCAUGGCAGGAAUCAGGACUGUACUAUAACAAUGUGUGGUUCCAAUCCCAUGAAUCAUAAUUCUGGGUGUUUGUCAUUGCCUCAUGGGUUCCAGUUGUGCAGGUGAGGGACAAAUUAAUGUUCGUUUUGGAAGAAUCUGUUUUGACUUUUGACACAUGGCUCUAUUUGUUCAAAUUGGAGCCAUUUAAUUAUUUCUAAAUAUUGUGGUUUUUUUAUUCUUCUUUCCACUCUUAAUAAGUGAUUUCGGAGAUUGAGCUAUUAUGCAUGACUUUGUGUUCAUUCUUUUAUAUUUAGAGAUGAUGAUAUUGAGUCCUAUGAAGGAGUUGAAUUCUCUAGCUGAUUGAAUGGAAAUGUUUAUUUCAGAAGUGGUGGGCCUAUUGGUGUUUUUGUCAUGUAUUGAUGUGAUUAAGAGUUGUAUGACUUUAUUCCUGAGUUCAUAAUGCUUCUAUAAUAACGACCUAACACGAGCACUCUGUAUACUUUAAAUGUGUUGCCUUAUGCCGGCGAGUAUAUUCCUUCUGAAUCUUAUCUUUUAUACUGAUACAGAAGGAGAUAUUUGAGUAAAUUGAUCCAUACUUGGCUUUUGUAACUGCAUAUAGGUGGCGGAUGAAGGAUGCAGUGAGAUGCCAGUGAGGUUGUAAUGACGUAGUCAUUUAAACUUUCCCUUAGAAGAGGCACUUCCAGAGGAGGCGAGACUUCUCUUUUGUCAAGACUCAAUAGUGGUUGUACUGUUUGAAAGGGACAAUGGAUGCAGAGAGGACACUUAUUAGUGCCCUCAUAGACUUUUCAAAGUAAAGGAGGGAAAGAAUAAAUGUUUUUCGAGUGGAAAAAUUUGCACAUCCAGGGCCAUGUUCCUAUCAUUCCCAAGGUAACUGGCCACCAUCCUUCUCCAUAGAUGGAUUUCAUGUCGUAACCUUUAAUGAUUAUUAUUCUUGGUUGGCUAUACAAGUACUGCAUUGACUGACUCUAGAUUACCUUGAAAUUAAAUUAUCACAGGACUUAAGCUUGUCGCUUACUUAUGCCUCCGCCGCAUUCUAAAAUCUGUUCCUAAGAUUUUUUUUUUUUCCUUCUGGUGGCUGAGAGAUUUUAGUGUUAUUUAUUUAUUUUUUUUACCUGAGUUUCAUUUUGAGUUGAAAUAGUAUAUCGAUGAAUUAAUCAAAA